UGUGUGUAUAUAUAUUUUUGUACAUAAAUAAAUUGUUCAAAUUCUUUAUUCACUGCAUUAGCUUACAUUUAAAAUAAAUUGUAUUAAAGAUUUUCAAUGUCGGUCAAAAAUGACCACUAUGGUCCUUGUAGGAAGUCAGAAAUGUUGGUACUUCUAGUGUUAAAUGAUUAUGAUUCCAUCAAUUGUGCAGGUGUAGCUGUGAGGUUAAGAAGCUUUCUUCUUGGUCACAUGGUUUCAGUUUCAAUCCCCUUGUGUGUAGUACUUUGGGCUAUUGCUUUCUACUAUAACUCCAGGCUGACCAAAAUCUUGUAAGUAGACUUGGUAACAGAAAGAGCAAGUGUCUUCUAAAAUAGCAAUAGGUCAACCAAAGCUUUGAAUAUGGUUUGGUAGAUGGAAACUGAAAGAAGCCUUUCUUUUUGUCAUUGUCAUUUAAUGUCCACUUUUCCAUGCUUGAUGGCUCAGCUAGCAUUUUGAGGAAGAUUUUCUAUAGUUAGCUGCCAUUUUUGUAAUCAACCCUCACCUGUUUCCAAGCAAGGUAAUAUUUCUCCAUGGAUGACUGGAAACCUUUCUGGUGUGACAGCAAUGCUUGUUUAUAAUCAUUAUAUGAUGUCAAUAUAAAGGGAUACACUAACAAACACAUACAAUGAGCUUUCAGUUUCCUCCAACAAAAUCAACUCAAGAGGUUUUCAUCAGUGUGGAGCUAUAAAAGAUGCUUGCCCAAGGCGCCACACACUAGGACUGAGCCUGAAACCAUUUGGUUGGGAAGUAACUUAUCACCACAGCCACACUAAUGCUUAUUAUCAUCAUUAUCGUUAUUUAUUUUCCAUGCUGACAUGGGUUGGAUACAUUGUGGUGUCCACUUGUAAUCUUCAAUGAAAACAUUUCGGCGUGUGGGAUCCAAUGAUAACGACCCUUCCUGGCCUCUACCUCUCGUCGAGUCUUCCCCUCUCCAUACCAGGUCGACUGCUGUUUAACAAGGGGGACAUGUUCUGUACCCCUUACGUACUACGAUGUACUAACCUCUUCUUCUCUACAGGAAAUGUGGCCCUUAUCUUUCUGCUGCUUAACAGGAUGCACCCAAAAAUGAGUUCCAGUUACACAUUUUUGGUGGCAUCGACAUUGGGCAGCUUCCCAAUGCUCUACUUCUUCACGUUUCUCUACUACACUGAUGCUGGUUCCACUUUCUUCACACUUCUAAUGUACCUCCUUCAUCUCCAUCACCAAACUAUACCUGCUGCCCUCAUUGGUGUCAUAGCCAUCCUCUUCCGCCAGACGAACAUCAUCUGGGUUGUGUUUAUGGUCGGUGUCUCUGCCCAGAACACUCUCCUUCAGUGGAUGGCUGUGCAAAAGAAGAACUUGAAAACUCAGCGGAAGCACGACUGGUUGCUGCUACAUACUUUCUUCAAUCUAUUCUCUGUGAAUCUUCAGCGGAAUCCGUGGGUCAUUGUAGAGCUUGUGCUCUCCAUCCUGAUGAAAACUUGGUGUUAUAUAAUUGUUACUCUUCUAUUCCUUCUGUUUGUCUACAUCAACAAUGGCAUUGUUGUUGGUGACAGAAGUCACCAUGAAGCCACGUUCAACUUCCCUCAAAUUUAUUACUUUCUAUCGACUGUUUUAUUUUUUGCGAGUCCACAUUUGAUAUCAUUUCAGAAAAUCUACAACUGGCUCUCACAAUCUAUUCAGAAACCCAUCAGCUUCAUCACUUUCUCUGUCAUAUCGGCAUUGUUAAUCGCUAAAUUUACAUAUGUACACGAGUACCUCCUAGCAGACAAUCGGCACUACACAUUCUAUGUAUGGUCCAAAAUCUUUAAAAGACAUUACCUCGUACGAUUCUUACUAAUUCCCAUUUAUUGGUACACUUUAUGCCAAAUUUACUUAGACUUGAAAAAGAAAAAUAUCUUUUGGAAAAUAGCUUUUGCUGUUUGCAUCACUGUCUCUUUGGUUCCACAGAAACUCUUGGAGUUUCGCUAUUUCAUAAUUCCUUAUUUAUUGCUUCGGUUAAACAUGCCCCUCCCCACACCCCUGAGUAAGAUGCUGUUGGAAUUUACCGUCACCACUUUUGUAAAUGCAAUCACUAUUUAUCUAUUUGUCUACAAGACAUUCACAUGGCCUGGAGUAAAAGAUGCACAACGUUUCAUGUGGUAGAUGCUGAUGUAUUUAAAAAUUGAAUAAAACAAAUACUGUCUGGUCCGU